CGAUACAACUGAAGAUGGCGGCAAAAAUUUGACAGAAGGGGUCUUGAAGAGCAAGAGAUCGUUCUAGUCAUGGAGUAUGGUUAAAACCACUAUACCUAUGACGAAACGUUAUUCUUAAAUUGUAGGAGGAUGAACUUUAACGAGGAGGAGCUUCAAUCGUUAUCGUUUCAAUGCGAACAGGUUAGCAGUAGUUGUCACGGUGUGCCGGAAGUGUGUAAAAUUCCAAAGUCAGAUUAGCAACCUUAUUCAUUCAUUGAUUUUGUAUGAAAAUUUGCCUCAAGUAAAUUUGAUUCUUCAUGUUGAAAAUUAAAACAAACUCAUGUUUUCAUUUAAGCGAUAUUCGCAAACAUCAGGGGCCUCAUUGUGUCGUUUUAGUUUAUAAUAAUUUCCACAAUUUUUGAGCGCUGAUCUCCAUCAAGCUUAAGUUAUAUCACUGUACAUGUUAAAGUUUUGGGGCCUGUUACAGUUAUAGAUUUGUCGAAGCUAUGGCAGUGGACAACCCAGCUUUUUUCCUAGCUUUGAAAGAUGUUGCUUAUGUUUGACCAAAUUAACAACGAAGAACACACAUGUCCUUAUUUUUGGGGGUUAGCCGGGGGGGGGGAGUGUGGGCUUCUCCCAUAUGUGGGCCCGAUAAGUAUGUGCCCCCGGAUAAGUUAUGGUUUGUUAGGGUCUCAAACCUUAAAUAGGGUAUCAUCUUUGCCCUUGUUAGCGAUGUAAUCCUGGGGUGAUCGUUUUAAUUAUUAUUUCACUUAAAAUUCAAGUGCGCUAAUGCCCAGCCACAAAUUGAUCUUUACCUUUGAGUAUAAGGAAUGCGAUUUAAGGAAGAUUUGUGUGUUUCCUUUAAAUUCUUACUUUUUGUUUUUCCCUUAAAUUGAGUCUCUUUUUUCAGAUUUGGGCGUCAAAUAGGGUAUAAGUUUUUGUCUUUCUUGUCCUUGAAUAGGGUCAGGGUUUAAGACCCUGAGUAGCACAGACCUAUCCAAAAUUUUUGGGAGAACCCCUCCCCCCAUCCUCCACCCCAGGUGUGUACUGAACACACCAUUCAUUACCUCUUGCAGGCAUUGUUGACAUUGUAUGGUGGGCAAAAUCAGGCUGACAGAGAUGCAGCCCAUAAGUGGUUGUUGGCAACACAGAAGUCACAACACGCAUGGCAACUGUGCUGGAGACUGAUGCACAGAGAAAAGGUUUGAAAACUUUAGAAACAUUUUACUGAGUACAGUUGAUACACUGUUGAUUUUAAUGUCUGUUGACUGACAACUAGCGUAGCUAAUUGUUGGCCACUGUUUGUCAUCUGUUGGUCAUCUGUUGUCUAUUAUUGGUGGUUAAAAUUGUUUUUACCAACAUCUAGUUUGGCCAGUAGGCUGUUUUAAGAAGUUGUUCUUCCCAAUUUCCCAUAAAUGACAAUAAAUGAAGAGAGGGAAAUGUGGUCAAGAAAAGUUUUUUUUCCAUUUUAACUUUUGUGUCUUAUUCAAGAUCACAGAAAUUCAAUUUUUUGGUGCAUCCAUGCUCCACUUCAAGAUUUCCAAAAACUGGUAGGUAGAUUUUUACUUUCAUAUGUUUUAUACACUGUAAUUAAGUAGUCAAAUGUAGCGUGUAAACCUUUUUCAGGGUUUGUUUGUUAAUAACGUUGGAUAAUGUAACAGAAAAAUAACUUGCAUUUCUGUUUUGUGGAAUUUUUGGUGGUAGUAUUUUUUUCUUUCAGGAAUGAGCUUCAAGAGGAACAUUACAAUGACUUACGAUCAGAACUUUUCAACCACAUUCUUGUUUUUUGCACUGGACCACGUAUUGUUCUUACAAGACUCUGCAUUGCAGUAAGUGUUUUUAUAUGCAAUUAUGCGAUGCUCAAAGAAGAACUGAAGGGAGCUAGGGGUGGAUCCAGAAAAUUGUGUCAGGACUUGUUGAGAUACUUGCCAGCCAUAUAGAUACUAUUUUAUUGAGAAUUUUUUAACAAUAACGCAAAAUUUCCAACAAAAGUGGCACUUCUCAGACUACCCUAAAUCUGCCCAUGGCUGAGCCCAGAAGCUCAGACACUGUGACAUCCUGAGUACUCAACUUGGUAUUUUACACAGUGUGGCUUUUAAGCUAAAAUUUUUCUUGUCCAAGUCACCACGCCUCCUCAGGUGCUGCCAGAGGUAUAACCUUAGUUAUUUGGGAUGUAAUAAAUUGAGAGAAAUGGUUGACAAUGUUCUUGUUUUAUAAUUAUUGUGUAAAUUUGUUUUCAACAGCUGGCUGCCUUUGCUCUCAAUACUAUGCCUGAACACUGGAGUAAUGCAGUCACCGACAUUAUCACUACAUUUCAAAAUGCCCCAACGAGCUCAUCACAGGUGAAAUCCUUAUCUAGAAGAGCAGUAGUAGUUGUACUGUUACAUUUGUUUAAAUUAGUAAUUUACCAGAAAGAAGCAAACCCAACUUCUGAUCUGAUUAAUGCCCUGAUUGAAGAUGUACAGUAUCUUUCAUCUCUCAUACUUGGAACAAGGAAAAAAAAAUCACAUUUUCCUGGAGGUAAGCAGUUUUGACAAGAAAAACUGAAAAAAAUUCAGGCUUGAACAGGAUUCAAACCCAUGACUUCUGUGAUACUGAUGCAGUAUUCUUACCACUUAGUUUUUGCAACUGCAUAAUUUGCACAUAUAUAAAUCACUGUGAGGAUCCUUCAUGUGUUAAAUCUUUCCUCUGCAGUUCAAUAUGUUAAUUUUUGUACAUUCACUUUCAUUUCACUACCGACAGGAUUAGAAUGACUUCAUCAUCAUACUAUUUUUGUAACUUUCUCUGCAGGGCAGUGUUUGGCCCAUCUCGAUGCUUGAAAUCCUUACUGUGUUGCCUGAAGAGGUUUGUUGACAAAAUAGCGUGUUUUCAAGUCAUUAAGAGGCUACUUGACAGGAUCAAGCCCCUUAAGACUGUGAGGUCAUGUAUGAAGCUGUUAAUCCUUUCAUAAUUUGGUCAUAACUACAAUUUUACGCAGUUGCGUUGUCAUAGAAUGGCUUAAACAGUUGCUUAAUAUUGCUUCAUGGCUGAGCUGAGUAAAGGUUUGAGAAAUUACUCGUAUUGCUAAGGGCAACCUUAUUGUGCCUUCUGUCCAACAAAAUUGAAAUAGCUGUGUCUUUUUUUGUCUUUCAUUUUCCCCUAUUAGUUUCACUCAAGUGAUUUUGCACCUGGAAGAAAAGUUACUCUGAGAGGAGAAUUAAAUUCUGGUGUACCCCAAGGUAUGAAGCACUAAACACUGUCUGCAGGUUUAUUGAUCUUGACCCUCUAAAGAAAGCAUACUUUGAACUAUGUUUUUCUUGUAGCUCAUUUAGUUUCCUUACCUUUGACUGAGGUCCUCUUGGGCUUGGGAAUGCAUGUCCUUAGCCUGAAUUUCAAACAAAUUUAGAAAGAAGCCAUGUCCCUGUCAGAUUCACUGUCACGGCUUCAAUCCAUCUUUGUUUCAUUUGUGCCCAUUUCUUCUGUCCUAUGUUGACCACUGUUUCAAGUCCAUGUCCUUUUCAAAAUUUUCUGUACCAAGGCCUCGCGAAAAGCAAAAUUUAAGUAAAUCAAUAAGUGUAAUUUUGUUCAUUACAGUUGUCAAGGUUAUCCAUCAAACAUUAUUACCAACACAGUCUGUUCAAGUCAGGCAACAGGUACUUACACCUUCUGCAAAUAUGAUUUCUUUAUCCAUCAUUACAUAAAAGUUACAAAAUUUUAAAUUAAUGUUAAGUUUCUGACUUUAUUCUUUACGGUUUGAAGGCGCUCAAAUGUCUGAUCAGCUGGGUGCAGUUUGGAGUGACGGUUGUUGAUCUUGAUGAUUCUCUACCACUGGUGUUUGAAUCAGUACAUAAUCCAGAGUUGUUUGAUGAAAGUGUGGACUUGAUUGUUGAAGUUGCCUCGCAUCCAUCAGGGACAAAGUAAGCAAUUUCUGACCAUAUUCUUCUUAAAACCUGAUCAUCAUUUUCAGCCUGUACCCAUAAGCAAGUAAAUGGGUAAAUGUCAAAUCUGAGCCCACAAUUUAUUUUCAAAUAAAGAUUUGGAAUGCCUUUAAGUGUUCAAAGUCUGACUGUAAGUCUUAUCCUUCUCAGAUAUCCAAGUUAUAUGUGGAAAUUUGUGUCAAGUGUAUUGGGGCUUGGUGAAACAUUAAGGACAGCCUUGCAGUCAGGAGAUAUGGUGAGUCAUACUAAAAUAUAGAAGUUUUCGCAUUUCCAUGAUAGUUUCACAUAUUAUUAACUAUCAGUUGAUCAGAACUCACUAGGACUUAAGUAUUGGUUUCCCUACCCCCUAUGGGGUAGUGCAAGAGAUUCUCCAGAUUUUAGAUCUCCAGAGGUUGGCAUCUCUGCAAGUGAGUAUUCUCGUCUCAGCUACAACACUGUCUGUUAAAUUACCACACUGCUGUUUUUCGUGGGGAAUAUACACACCAAUACGUUCACUUUUUAUACUACUUUAAAUUCCCUGUUUUGUUUGAUCACAGGACACUUCAAGAGGUUUAUGUCGAGUCAUGGUCUCUCUGGCUGAGACACAUCUGAAGUUGCUUUUUUCUGCUGAUACUGAGGAACGGGAAUUACAAGGGUUUACUCUUGUACAGUUAUUAUUGGUCAGUACUGCAAUCGAACCCUGCUUUAUGGACACCUCAUUGUUACAGACAGUUUUCCUUGUCCCAGGGGAAAGUAAGCCCUCACAUUUUCUCUAAAUUCAAUCCCCUUGAUACGCACACCCUGUUAUUUACAGACACUUUCCAUGGCUCCCUCAGUGUCUCUUUUGAUGGGGUUUGACUCUACCAAGAAUAAUUUGUUUUGAUAUUUGUGAAUGAAAAGAGAAGAAAUUUUCAAACCAAUAUUGCAAACAUGGGUUUAUGGGUGGUAUCAUCACUUGCUUUUCUUGGAAAUAUUACGGUUCAACAGUUUUGUGUGAACAAUGUCAAAGUGUCCAGUCAAAUUUUUCACCUGGUUGAAAAUUUGACUGGUAUCCUGUGAAAUUAUGUAGCCUUACUUCACUCAAAAAUUCACUGACCUGAUAUCAACCAUCGCUGGAAAUCCUACUCCUCUUCUCUCAUUUGCCAAGAGCUUUGUGAUUUUAAAGAUGAAUCUUUAAAAAAAUCUGAAAAUUUAAGAUGCUCACAGUGACUCAGGGCUUUUGUGAGAGCAGGGCUGCCCAGCUAAGAUUUCAAGCUCAAACUGGGUACGUGUAUAUGAAAUUAGUAGGCAGGAAAAUCAACAACAAAGGAGUUCUUUUGGUUUUAUUUUUCUAUUGUUUGCCUUGAUCACGUAGGCAGGGGUCAUACUUAUAGUAACCAGGUGAAAUCCUUGGCCUCUUCGGCCCUUAGUGAUAGCCCUGUGUUAGAGAGGUUCUUUGGGCUUAUGGUUUCCAGACAGCACUAACCUUUGAGAAUGGGUGUUAACACUGUCAUUUUAAGCUUUUUGUUUUCUACACGUAGGAGUGCACGGGGGCACCAGGCUGGUAUCCUGUUGAUGAACAGUGUAGUGAGAUGACGUUCAACUUUUGGUACACCUUACAGGUUUGAUGCGCUGCAGACAAUUAACUGUCUUUUGCUUUUGUUCAAACAACAGUCUGAAGUGUAUUUGCAAUGUCUAAAAUUGUUGUAAAUUAUUUAAUGUUUUAGGAUGAUGUAAGUGCCGAGGAGCCAAGUCUAAUGGUUAAACACACAGCUAUGUAUGGCCCAGUACUAUUAUCACUUUGCGAGGUACUUUAAAUUAAUACCAAACAUUAUACUUUUUCAAACUGAAAAAAAUCUGUCUUUUAAGAUAUAAUGAGCUCACUGCAAUGUUUAAAAAAAUCACCGUUUUUACGUAUGUGAACGGAAGCCCUGCCCGGUAUGAUUUUUCUGCCGGCUCAAAAGCUAUCCAUUAUAGUGCGAAUAUAGCCUAAGUCAACCCAUUAUGGCAUGAAUUGUUUCCACCUCUUUCUAUUUUUUCUUGCUCUAGCAUCCACUUUCUGCUGCUUUCUACAAUCUGAAUGCGUGGAAGAGACUAUAAUCUUCCUUACAGCUGUAGUUCUUUUGUCUUAUUCGGUAUUUUCGAUAUUUUCAGGUGUUUAUGCGAAAAGUACAGUUUCCUCCAGAAAAUAUUUGGCAGGGAUUUUCAUCGGGUAAGAAGCAAUCUGUGGCACAUGAAUAUGGUUUACCAAUUACGUGAUAAUUUAUACCACUAAACUACUAGUAGCCCGUUGUUGACAUACAAUGUAGUAAUAGAUGACAGAGUAAAUGAAACGUGUGUGCGCACAGAGAUUCUCCCAUGAUAGGAGACUUGACAUGGCAAGUUUCAUGUGUUUUCCUUGUUGAAAGAUCAAUGGCAAAACUAAGCAACUGCAAGUAGUUUAUCACCUUGCGAUGUUCAUCUCCCAUGAACUAUGAUUACAUUCACACCUAAACAGGGUGAUUUAUUUAAGCAUUAUAUCAGACUGUUUUUGUUACAUGUUUUGUGGUGUUAAUAGUGACUUUUCUCACUAAUCUCAGAGGAAAAAGAACAGUUUAGAUGCUACAGACAGGAUAUUGCAGACACUAUGGUAGGUGUGGGGAAACUACCCACCUACCCCUCCCCUAAGCCAACAUUUUGCCCUAAGUGAGAAGUAAGUGUUAAUGUUGGCUUAGGGGAGGGGAAGGUGGGCAGUUUCCCAGAAACCUAUAAUGAUUCCAGGUGGAUGAAGGGCCGAGUAUGGAAGGAGCCACACAUUGCUACUCAAUUAACCAAGUUUUGCAUUUUACUGGCAGAGUUCACAAAAUGGCUAAUAGUAUUGAGGAAGAGUAAUAUCUCAUUUUCUCCAACAAUUCAAUAGUGACUAUUGGAUGUGAAAAUUGUAAAUCUUGGUGAUACAAGUAGUAACUUUUUCUCAAAUAGUCAACAUGUUAACAAGUUGUGUUUUUUUUUUUUCAGAUGUAUGUUUACUGUUUAUUGAGAGGACACUGUUUACAACACCUGCAUCACAUGUUAUCAACACUUUUAUCUGUUGAAACAGAGGGUAGUUGGCAGGUGAGUGCUUCUUCACUGCCACAUGGUAAUCGCUUUUAGGACUUGUUGCCCCUAACUAAGUUACCCAAAAACCUCCCUGUCAAACAUUAAUUUUAUCCUACAAAGGCAUUAUUUAGUUUUUUGUUAGUUUACUGUUCUGCAUGUGGUGAAACAGGAAUCAUAGCCUUUUGGUGUGUUUCGGCAGCUUCGCCAUGCUUAAGUUUCCUUAACAGCACUUUAACAAAGUCUGAAACAGCCGGCUAUGAAGACAGUAGGAUUCACUAAUCUCUUAUAGCCUGUUCAGGCUUUCAGAUAGUGGAGUGCAUUGCAAAGUCAGAGAGAACAGCCCCUACCCCACUCCCUUGCUGUUUUCCUGCUUACAGCUCUUUGCACCGUCCCCACAUUCUGAACGUCUGGAACAGGCUGGUUUUCUCAUUGCAUCAACCUUAAAAUAGACAUUCUGGUACAGUAACCAUAACUCAAUAAAGUGUUGCUUAUCAAGAAAACAGGCUGUAAAAGCACCAACUGUGUCUCUAGUCCCUAGAUGCAACACUUUAUCUGAUUCAAGCAGUGGCGGAAUAUGUUGACCCUUGUGAGGAAACCUUUAUCCCUGCAAUUCUGUUACUGUUGCCAAGGCUACCUGCUCAUUCAUACGUGUCGCAGACAGCUUUGCUGAUGGUCGGUAGGUGUGCAUGAGGUAUAGUUGAUAUACUCAACACUAAAUUCACUUCCAUGUUGCCCCAAAUUUCCAGUAAAAGUGUUGAAAUCUUUACCUGUUACCAACUUGUACAGAAAUGUGCAACCUCGUCCCCAGGGCGCUUUUCCCUGGCUUUGGGGGCGGGGCCCCGCCCCCAAAGCCAGGGAAAGUGCCCUGGGGACGAGGUUGAGAAAUGUGAACUGUACCACAGGUGCAUUUGAGUUGUCACACUUUCGUGGGAUUUCGUGUACAGAGUCAAAAGCCAGAACCACCUUGUAAACCAUAAACAAUCCCAGUCCUGCUGAAUAGCUUUCAGAAUCAGAUCCUUCAGGGUUUUGCUUUCUUGUGUAAAUUAGGGCUUUUGCUAUAUGAACUACACUGGAAUUUCCUAAUUCCAAUUAUCAAGAAAAAAACAUAAUGAAUUCUGGUCUUAGUCAUAGUACAAAUAGCCUUUUGUAGCUCUAGACAGUUAGUCAAUGUUUCGCAAUGUUUAACAAAUACAGCUGUACGUUGCUCUAUCGGUAAAGUAGCACUUGGAGUACGAGGGAAAUGAAUUGAUUACAAGACAAAAGAGUUUUCAAUCUUUUUUUCAAUUUUUUUUCUGAUUUUCGUGCCUUCAGUUUACUUGACUAGGAGAGCAGAAUAUGUCUAAAGCUAACACACUUCUCCGUUCUUAAAUCAUUUAAUCAGGUUCUUAUUCCGAGUGGCUCAAAUGUCACCCUGAUCACCUGCGCUCUGUACUUCCGGUUCUACUGGCUGGUCUGUCCAAAGAACACUUGGCGUCUGCUUCAACCCAGGCCCUACGUGGAAUCUGUGAGGAGUGUGUUCAAGAUUUAGAAUCUGGGUCUCUAACCGAGAUUCUUACCCAUUGUCAGGUAAGGCAAAUUUAGUUUUGUGCGUCUACGCUUUGUGAUUGGUGUUAAAAUAUCGCGUCACUUUCUCCACCAAUCAAAAGGAAAGCCGAGCCAAAUAGUGACGGAACUUAGUCUUACGUUUUUCCUACAAAAAGUGUUUUCUUAUUUUACCUGAGAAUUAUUUUUUAUCUGUUCUUCAGGCGGCUCUUUCAGGUGGAGUUAUGAAGGUAAGUUGCUUUUUUGUGCUAUUAACCCUCAGCCUUGUCAAUUCUCUCUAUCAUUUGCCACUUUAGAACCGAGACGGAAACUAGGUCCAGUUAACUUUCGCCAAGACCUCUGGGACUGUACUAAGGACAAGGAAAACUGAAUGCAAGGCCUGCAAUACCUCAAAUGACUGAUUUGUUUGAGGCCAAUAUUUCGGCUUACAAAAUUAGCCUUCGUCAGGGCCAGCGCUACACUGAGAAAGAAUACUACAACGGCUCCUAAAAUUUGAAUUUAAAUUUACAUGACAGGCUAAUGAUAAACCAAAAAUGAGUACAGUAGACAGCGUGAUAGAUAGGUAAAUAAUUUUACAAUAAAGUGAUGAAAAGGUACAGUUCAACGUUCGUCCUUUCUGUUUAAACCAUCUGGUGAAAGAGUUUUGGCUCUAUUUAUGAGGUUAACUUCUCUUGCUUAACGGCGUGACAUACUAAGUGUAGAUGGAAGUUCAAGUGGAAUAAGUUCCAUGACUGUGAUGGAGAGGCCAGGUCGAUUGGAGGCGUGUUCGUAGUAGAAUCCCAGAAACAAUUUCGGGAGAUAUUUCGGCUCCAGUUCCCUUCUCGCCGAGCCUCCUCCAGUAAUUGUUCAAAACUUACUUUUCGACAGGAGCGUGAACGUAUUCGCUGCGUUGAAUGCAUUGGACAUGUGCUAUCUGUGCAAGAUACAGCUGAUGCUAUAGAGAAAGUGAGAGUUAUAUUUGAUCCUUAUGUGAAAGGAUUGGCACAGCUUUUACAACAUCAGGUAUUGUAUUGUGUAAUACAUGUAACUGAGACAGAGGAAAAAGAACAGUUUAGAUGCUACAGACAGGAUAUUGCAGACACUAUGGUAGGUGUGGGGAAACUACCCACCUACCCCUCCCCUAAGCCAACAUUUUGCCCUAAGUGAGAAGUAAGUGUUAAUGUUGGCUUAGGGGAGGGGAAGGUGGGCAGUUUCCCAGAAACCUAUAAUGAUUCCAGGUGGAUGAAGGGCCGAGUAUGGAAGGAGCCACACAUUGCUACUCAAUUAACCAAGUUUUGCAUUUUACUGGCAGAGUUCACAAAAUGGCUAAUAGUAUUGAGGAAGAGUAAUAUCUCAUUUUCUCCAACAAUUCAAUAGUGACUAUUGGAUGUGAAAAUUGUAAAUCUUGGUGAUACAAGUAGUAACUUUUUCUCAAAUAGUCAACAUGUUAACAAGUUGUGUUUUUUUUUUUUCAGAUGUAUGUUUACUGUUUAUUGAGAGGACACUGUUUACAACACCUGCAUCACAUGUUAUCAACACUUUUAUCUGUUGAAACAGAGGGUAGUUGGCAGGUGAGUGCUUCUUCACUGCCACAUGGUAAUCGCUUUUAGGACUUGUUGCCCCUAACUAAGUUACCCAAAAACCUCCCUGUCAAACAUUAAUUUUAUCCUACAAAGGCAUUAUUUAGUUUUUUGUUAGUUUACUGUUCUGCAUGUGGUGAAACAGGAAUCAUAGCCUUUUGGUGUGUUUCGGCAGCUUCGCCAUGCUUAAGUUUCCUUAACAGCACUUUAACAAAGUCUGAAACAGCCGGCUAUGAAGACAGUAGGAUUCACUAAUCUCUUAUAGCCUGUUCAGGCUUUCAGAUAGUGGAGUGCAUUGCAAAGUCAGAGAGAACAGCCCCUACCCCACUCCCUUGCUGUUUUCCUGCUUACAGCUCUUUGCACCGUCCCCACAUUCUGAACGUCUGGAACAGGCUGGUUUUCUCAUUGCAUCAACCUUAAAAUAGACAUUCUGGUACAGUAACCAUAACUCAAUAAAGUGUUGCUUAUCAAGAAAACAGGCUGUAAAAGCACCAACUGUGUCUCUAGUCCCUAGAUGCAACACUUUAUCUGAUUCAAGCAGUGGCGGAAUAUGUUGACCCUUGUGAGGAAACCUUUAUCCCUGCAAUUCUGUUACUGUUGCCAAGGCUACCUGCUCAUUCAUACGUGUCGCAGACAGCUUUGCUGAUGGUCGGUAGGUGNCCUCCAGUUUCAUCUGCAAGUUUUUAUUUUGUUGUUUAAAUGUCUGGACCCUGACAAUAUUGAAAAUCAUCCCCACCCGGUGAGUAGUGGAUAUGAUUAAUAAGUUACAUGUUCUUGUAUCGAGGUUUCAGAUGGGUGCGUGAACCAAAGCUGGAGAUCUUGAAAGUGCUCAAAGUCAUCAAAUAGGCAUAUACCCAGCACCAAGGGCGGAAAAACGUUCACUCAUGCUAACCGCGGGAACACAAGCCCCCAGUGAUCAGGUUUACAUCCACAGACUCAAAAUUUGCAACUGCAUUGUUGGUCACAGCAAUGGACCGUUAUUAUGCUUGAGUCAUUAAACUCGUCUUAAGACGACUUUGACGUCUAGUUAUAAAACGGUAAAUAUGACAGACGCAUUCAACGUUAACGUGAACGCUUUCUGUUAAGUGCGUUGUUAACAGUCGACUUUUUUAACGUCUCAGACGUUAACUGCUUUUAGUAUAAAAACGGGACGCCGUAAACUGGAAUGUAUUUAUGCCCAGCUGCUCCAGAAACGACUGGAAAAGAUGGGUGUUUUGUCUAUUAUUCAGAGAACUCGUUUUUUCUUUCGUCAGCUUUUUUGCCUCCCGUUUUUACGUCAGUCGACUUUAACGUCUCCAACAGUAAAACUGCCAAUGACAUUAGGAGUCAAACAACCUCGUUCCCGGCGGUUCCCUUGAACCCGGCAACGAGGCCCUCUUGGAGGUGAAGCAGGGUUAGAUUUUAGUCUGUUUUCUCCUUUACCUUGCAGGCAGCUGUUGUAUUAAAUGAUAUACUACCUUCGUUGGGGUCCAUGGGUCACUGGUUAGACGAUACCCACAUCCAGCAAGUAUGAACUGUGAAAUUUCAUCACAAAACAGUUUUAUUGGGGAAGUUUAGCAUUUUGUUAAUAUGUAUGGGCAUUCAUAUUCAGCUUGCGCCCGUGGUUUUUGCAAAUGUGCUCGUGUAGAGUAAAAUAACUUAUACAUUCUGUUGUUGUUGGAGAAUCUUGCGGUAAUUUUACUCGGGUUAUCUUCUGAAGUGGUUAAUGCUGCAGUGUUUCAUGAAGUGACCUUGUCACCCGUUUGAGCCUAUACCAGGGGUCCUAAUUUUAGUUUGGUGUGGUCGAGUGAGCACACGUCUCUUGGAGGACGGGGUUUAGAAAAUAAGGGACGUUACCGUCGUUUCUUCGCCUCUGCUCGGAUGGAGCGAUUUUUACUCUUGUUCACUCGACCAACCACUUGAAUUUCUCCUAGAGGGAUCCUGGAGGGAUAAGAGACCAUCCUGAAUACACAUGGGUUAUUUACCAAUUGCAAAAAGUUUCCGGAAAAUCCGGUUGGAAAGUAAAUAGAACACGACUCGGUCGUUGCAGCGGACAAUUUCCGGGCCGGAGAAACGGAACAUCUGAAAAGGUAGUCCUGUUUUUCCGGACCGAGCUUCUCAAACAGAAAUUCGUUUUUCAGUUCUUCACCGCCAUCUUUGAUACAAGUUUCAGGCCUUCGCGGCCGUUUUUCGGUAAAUGGAUCUCAUUUGUACAAAUGGUAAACGCGAUUCCGGGACGAAAUUUACCAAUCCGAAGUUUGCUUACCAUUUAUUCAAACCGUGAACAGACCGGUUUGUCCAUGUAAAUGGGGAAACAACCGUAAUCUCAGGUCUUCCUGAUAGAGGAUAACGAUAACUUUUUCACUCUUCUCUAGAUGUUUUGCCUUUGUUUGGAGAGAGCAAUAGGCACAAUAAGAGAUGACAUGGGAACGCUGGUGUCAGCGCUUUCUGAGCUGGUCGUCGGCUAUUUCACUGUCUCGCCACGCAGCGGUAUUCUGGAUGUAGCGGCCACGGUGAGGAUCGAACGUUUAUGGUCUAGCGAUACGAACUGAACUUGCAAAGAGCUACAGUGCAUGCAUUGUCAUAGGUGAAUGCAUGGAAGCUUUGAAAUCGUACCAUAAAUUGAAGCCUUUAUCAGAGCUAGUUAUUUGUUUUGAAAUCAAUCAAACUUUCUUCAGAGGGUGCGUCACUGACUACGCAUGAGCAGUGACCUCUUUAUAAGCGUGGAUUGAAAUCGACGAAGCCUAGGGCGAAAUUGUUGCGGAAGAAACUAACGAAGGUUUUUUGGAUAUGCGUUGAACACUCCUUCUAGUGAUGGAAAUAGGCGAAUCCUUGUUUACAUUUUUUGUCUCAUUAACAUACCCUUGUUAUUAUCUGAUGAAGCUAAUAAAAUAAAAUCUCUGAAAAUUUGAGCCCGAUAUACCGAAUAGUUUCGGAGAAAUUCUCUUUGAAAUCCCCCAAAUUUUACAAAGAAUGUUCAAGACCAUUAAUGUUUUUGCCACCAAACAAUCUGGCAGUUUGUGAUUACCAUAUUUCGUUUGUUAUUGAUUGCAACGGGUUGAAAAUUGCACAAACUGCUCAAAUCAACCAGCUCUUUCAACUUUUGAGCCUAAUUUUUCCAUACGGCGACGUCACUUAUGGGUUAACUUAUAUGCUACUGAGCAAAAAUGACGUCAGCGAGGAUUCACCCAUACCACAUGUAAGUUUGACCCAAAGCACAGGACCAAUGCUUUAACAGUUCACCAACUUAGCUGAUGAUAUUUUGCUGUUUCAGCUGGUAGGAAUGUACGGGAUGCUGGACGAACAUUAUCAGACCAUCCUGCUAGUAUUUCAAAAAAUCACUGCGUCAUCACUUCAGCUGUUACAAAGUAGUAAGCUGUUUUUUCCUCUCGUUUUUACUUGUGGUUGUUAUAACUGAGUCAUCCAUAUUCAACAGGCGGCUUUGCGACCGUAUGAUGCAUUGUUCAACACUGCAACCUGAUUGGUUAGUUCUUGAAGUGGCGGGGCGCGCCUUUCAUAUAGCUUAGGUAAAAAUUAAUUGUUUCUUAGUGCGCGGUAAUUUGCCGUGGGGACUGAGCACCAUAAUAUGAUUUUCGUCAGCGUCACUUUAAGUUCAGUAUGUUGUCGGAAGUAUUCUUAUGAUAGAAUGAAGUGCCGAGGGCCGGGUUUCAUACUCCUCACUAUACUGACUUGGACGAAGAUUCGCUUCCAAAUUGGCAUGAAAUCUUCAGACACCGUAAGAAAUCUGUAAGUAUCAAGCAGGAAUGUUAGGGAAUGUCUUGAAUCUUCCUACAAACAUGAGGACUUCCUCCUUGAUGAGGUUACCAAGAUCAGGUCUUUUAUCUUCAAAUCCCUUGUUAAAUUGAUACUAAUCCUUUUUUUCUCCUUGGAAUUUAGAUCUGCGAGAAUAUCCAGACAUUCUUCAGUCAUUUAUGCAGUUCGUCAGCCGCGUAAGUGAACUGGGCACUCCAAUCCUGUUUUAAACGAUAUACUGGAUUCAAAGUACUGUCCUAUCGGUUAGAAGACAUAGACGGAAUAUUUUUUACACCAGCUUAGCGCGCAGUUUUGCCAGAGUUUGCGAGAUUAUAUUCCGAACUGGGCAAGUAAGACCGCGAAAAAACACCUUAGCAAAAGCUGUUUAUAUACAUAAAAAAGAAUAAUAAUAAUGUGCUUAAAUAAACUGAGGCUAAAAUAUUUGUUAACAAUUGACUAGUCUUAUGAAAUGCAAAGAAUUAAAUGAAUUACACUUUAGUUCAGAAAUGCAGUCACUGCGAUUCAUUAGCAAAGAAAUCACUAAGUAUUGAACAUCAAAUACUAUGUAUAGUUUGUAUUCACCUUGCAGGCUCUUAAAAGUAACGCCAAAUUGGUUUUCGAAGGAGACAGUUGCCGAAACAUUUUUCAAUGUGGUUAGUAAUGUUCCAGUAGCAGAUUAAUAAGGUGGAAAUUUUGAGGCGAAAAUAUUAAUUAAUAAGUAGUAAGCUUACCGUUUUAUCGUCUACUUUUUCCUUUGCCUUAUUCGUGUUUUCUGUGCCCUGUGCGUUUACACGGUACUAUUUUCAAAUUUGUAAAUUUGUUAUAUUUUGACUUCUGUCACAUUUAGAAGUGAAAGAGUCAAGUAGGAAGGUGCUGCUUGAAAAGUGUGGCUUGUAUGGUUCAGUUGAUUGAACGAUCUUUUGGCAUUAUUUACAGGUUUGGCAAUUCUUGAUGUUCAAGAAAGUCAGUCAGUCAGAGCCGCUUGCUCCUUCUUUGUAAGUUUAUCCAUUAAUACCUUCUAUAAAAGAGUAUGUUAACAAUACUGUUCUCCUUAUAUUUCUUACUAUGGAAAGCUAUUCAAAGCAAAGGAAUGUUUUACAAGCCCCAUUCACACCAAAGCUUAAACAUGUUUAAAAGCUCUUUAGUUAAACGCAGUUUAAAAUUGUUUGCUUCAUAAAGCUGCUUACUGACUUAACUUAAUUACAAAACAUGCUGAAGAUCAUUUGAAUUCUGUGUAAACCUGGUUAAUGAAACAUGUUUACUUGGUGUGAAUGGUAAGCAUUAGAUAUUUUCUGUUACUUUAUGUCCGAUUAAAAAACAGUGCUAUUUCAUGGAGAAUGUGAAUGUUGUCGUUCAUAAAGUGUAUGUUUGGAUUGUUUAUUGUUUUCCCCAUUACUUUUUGUCAGUCAACAUUCAUCGCUACCUGUGAGAAUCAAGAAAAUGCGAAGAAAACGCUGUUAGAAUAUGGAUCGUACCUUGUCAGUCAAGUAAUCAAGGUAUGCCGUAUGCACCGAUGAGAAUGAUCAAUGAUAUCGUAAGUGAACAGUGUUGGCAUUAACCAAUCACAAGAAAGUAAAAGCAAGAUGUCGCAAAUAGCCGUCAGAAUGACGUGUAGAAUUUUCAUUCGUCGUCCGCCAUUUUGAAAAUCGAAUGGCGGGAAGAACCCCAGAGUUUUAAUGCGCAUGUCCAGCCGUUUUUAAGCCCUGUCGUGCUAUGUAGUUAAUGGUAGCGUUCGUUAGUUUGGUUUCGUUUCUGAUGCUUCAUUUCAUUUCUUUCACUUUCGUUGUUUCUUUUCUUUCCUCUUUAUCCAUUAGGGAAUAGGUGGAGGGGUACCCAGGCAAUGCACUGAUUAUAUGGCGGAAAUACUGCUCGCGUUAAACUGGCUCGAUGUGUCUCAGCUGUCUCGAUGGAUGCAGGUAAGAUAACUAGUCAAUGAAAAAUGUGGAUGAAUUUAGGUUUCCGGGAAACUCCCACCUACCCCUCCCCUAAGCCAACAUUUUGCCUUCAGUGAGAAGUAAGUGUUAAUGUUGAGUUAGGGGAGGGGUAGGUGGGCAGUUUCCCAGAAACCUACAUCUACUGUCUUACAUAUUGUGAAGUUUCUCAUUGGGGUGGUUUUCUUAAAGCAUGGAGGUGAACUCUUUGUGUUUGCAGGACGUUAUGCAGGUUGAAGGAUUUCCUUCCAAACUGGUUACAUUGACUCAAAAACAACAAUUCACCAGUGCCGUGUUACGGUGAGUUUUACACUGAAUUGUUUUAAUAUUCUGCGCAGUAAAAUUCUUUAUCCAAGAAAGUUUUAAAUACACUUCUUCAAGCAGACGUUACUUCGAAAAAUAUUGGUCACAGUUUAUAUUAGAAGGCCAAAAUGGUUGGCGAAAAACGGGCCCUUCGACCAGAAGCUUGACAUUUUUAGGACAAUUUUUUCAUCCAGGGACACUGUCAGACGUGUUAGUAAAACAACAAAAGGUGAAUUUAUAUCAACGGAAUGAAUCACGGUGGCGUUAUUGUUAAAGGUGCUCUCUACUACCAGCCUGCACUUCAACAUGCGUUACCAUGUGUCCGUUUCUGAUUGGCGUAAAUCCCCCUUCUUAUUCUCAUAACCUAAUAAAGGUUUGAAAAGCUUUAAGGUCAUAUUGACUAUUUUAUUAUGUUUUACAGAGACAGGGCACAUCGGAGGCGGGUCAAAGAUUCCGUAAAGGAGUUUUCUUUGCUUUGCCGAGGGCUCUAUGGAACUGCUUAUGCUAGUUAAUCUGGUGGCUAAUGUACAUUAUCUCCCGUACAGAGGAACAAAGUUAAAUGUCACGGUGAAAAACAUACGUGAUUUCACAGAGAACUUUAUCCAGACCUCAACAAAACCUGUAUGGUCUUAAAAUAGCCGACUGAAAUACAGCUUUUCAUGAGAAAUCAAUGAAAGGCAAUGAGAAUUGAGCGGCCUGGACAACCUUCUGAUUAUAGCAGCUCUCCUAUUGAUUUCCUAAAUAAUAUAUCAGUUCUGAAAUAGACUUCCUUGAAAUGGUCAGCUUUAAAUAGUUGUAAAAUUGCCAUGUAAAGAAGCUAACUGUG